AGUCGCAUUGCCGCGUCCGACUGGUGCGGUUCGUCGUCCACAUCGUCGAGCGUCAGCCAUCGCACCGUGCACUAACACAAACGUGUGUGUGCGCGCCACAGCCAGGUUAUUAACUGUUGUUUGUUUGUCAGACUUGGUAGUUUUAGUAGUUUUUUAUUUGAUGCCAGUUGAAUUAUAAUAGUACCUUUCGCGUACUUACGGCCUACCGAGGUUGAUUUAACGUGUAAAACUGUCCACUUCGAAGCAGCCGGUCGGACGAGGUGGUGCGCCGGUAAAACAAUUUCCCGCUAAAAAUCCUUUUUUGGAAUAGUGAAAAUAAAUUUAAAAUAAAAACCAUGCCGGCCGUCUGUCUUUGUUGACGUUGACUCGGAACACUGUUGACGAUUGUCAGAAAUGUCCAGGAGGAAGCAGAGCAACCCGAAACCGUUGAAACCCGGCGAGGACAACGAAUGGACCAACGAAGAGGCGGGCGAUGAUAGCUUUGCCAAAGAGGAAGACAGCGGUAACGAUAAAAUGUGUGCGGACGUGGCCGCCGACAGCAAACCUUCAACGCCGCCGGUCGAAUCUCCACCGGUCGUGGAAACCCCCAAGCUGAGGCUCAAUCCAAAUUUGGCCACAGACCCUGCGAGACGGUCGCCCCCCGAAGAGCCGCCGCCCCCGAACACCACCGCCGAACCGACCGUCAAACACAAUAUCCUUGCCAUCACCGCCACACCCAGAGCCAUACAAAUAUUCAUAUGCAAUCCCUGUGGUAUACGGUUCAGCUCGCUGAGCACAUUGGACGCCCACCAGACGUAUUACUGUUCGCGUAGACUCAAAAAAGACUGCGGCGAACCGGCGGACGACGUCAAGACGCCCAUGGUGAUCGUGGAAUCGGCCGAAGACGUGCUGUCCAUGCAGAACAACAACGAUGCCGACAGUCGGCCCUCUUCGGCAGAACCGUCGGCCAAAUCGGUCAGGACCGGCAAACAGUACAAGUGCCCGCAUUGCGUGUACAGCGCUGACAAAAAGGUGAGUUUGAACAGACACAUGCGGAUGCACUCGAUAUCGCCGGUGUCCGUGCAAUCGCCGCCGUGCGCCAUCUCGUCGGCGUCCGGCGUGGACAUGGUGGCCGCGGCCACGACCGCGUCGGCCACGGACACCUCGUCCGUGGUGGACAGAUACUGCCAAAACUGUGAUAUCCGCUUCUCCAACUUGCGCACGUACCAAGCCCACAAGACCCACUACUGCAACACCCGGCACGUGGUCAAGCCGACGCCGUCCAGCUCGCCGGUUUCGCUGGCCGUCGGCGACCAAUCGCCGCCCAUAGUCAACGCGGUACCGGGCGUUGUGCAGCUGCCGCCGCCGCCGCCGCUGUCCAUGCCGCCCACGUACCUGGCGCUGCCCACCAAUCCCGUCAUCGUAGUUCCUUACUCGCUCGUGCAGAACGCCAGCGUGCUGUCCGCCCUGUCGCCGGACGCCGGGCCCACGCCGCCGGCGGACACCGCGUGCAUACUCAUGUCGGACGGCACGCUGCAGCCCAUCGCCCAGGCCCUGGUGCCCGCCAGAUUCAACGUGGUCACGCAAGCGGCCGCCGACGGUGGACUGCUGCGGCCCAACCGGGCCAACUCGGAAACGCCGCCCGAGUAUUAUUCACCGCCUAAAAAAAUAAUGAUGACCAACAACAACAACAACAACAAUAAUAGCAAUAACAACAAUCACAUCAACAACGGCGGCCACGUUCGAGAAGCCAAGAGGGACGCGGCCGCCGCCGCCGCCGUCGUCCAGUCGCCUUCGCCGUUGGACUUGAGACUGAGGCCAGUGUCCAGUGGCGGAACGCAGUCGGCGUCGUCGCACGACGGCGAAGAAGAGAAGGAGAACAGGCGCAGCGACGGCAACGUGACGGACGCCGAGGACAUCGUGUGCGCGCCGUCCAUACCCUGCAUGAUCAUGUCGCCGUCGUCGCCUCCGUCGGGCAACAAGAUGCCACCGCACAAACUAUACGGCGUCGGUGGCCAGCACAACGGCGUGAUGGUCGUGCCGAAGGGCGAGCACGACGUUGUGUUCGAAAACGCCGGCGCGGAACGGACGAACGGCAAGUUCAGCGUGUCCAGUUUGCUGCACGUGUCCAACAAGCUGGAACACCACUUGAGCAACGGCCGAGAGCACGUGGCGGACGGCCAACCACCGGCGUCGGUCGUCCACCACCGGCAGUCGUACAGCCACGUGGCGUACAAGACGGCCGGCCGACCCGUGCCGGGCUUACUGCAGCAACUGUCGCCCGCGCAACGCGCCGUCGACGCGAUGAUCAACCCGGCCGUGCUGCCGUAUUUCACGCCCGAGAUGACGCUGAGACUGGCGAACGCGGCCAACCAGGUGGACGGGCUGCCGGGCGCCCAACAGUUCUUCCUGAAACAAGGCCCGUCCAAGUGCGAGAGCUGCAACAUCGUGUUCUGCAAGUACGAGAACUUCCUGGCGCACAAGAGACACUACUGCGCCAGCCGGCCGGCGCAACCGGCACCGUCGUCGGCCGCCGGCGACUCGGACGACCCGUCCACCGCCGAACCCAAGACCAGUCCCGAAGGGUCACCGGGGCCCAAACCCGUCACCGUGUCUUCGCCGUUGUCGUCCAAAGACAGCGUCAGCCCCACACUGACCGCACACAAGCCGCCCAUGAUCCAGUUCAUAUGUUCCACUUGCGGCGUCCGGUUCUCGUCGUUCGACAACCUCACCACGCACCAAUCGUUCUACUGUCCCAACCGCAUGGCCGUGGCCGGUCCGGACCACGAAAAGCUUUUGUCCAAAUGCACCAAAUGCAAAAUGACUGUCGAGGCGAACGGCCACCAUCAGUGCCAGGGCGCGGCCACCAACUGUUGGAAGUGUCCCGUGUGCGGCACCGUGUGCCCUAGCGCGUCGGCCGCCCAAAAACACUUGGACAACCACAACGGCAUCAGGGCGUUCGUGUGCACCAUUUGCCAGUACAAGGGCAACACGCUCCGGGGCCUGCGCACACACAUCCGGAUGCACUUCAACAAACGAAUGAUACCCGACUUAAUGGAAGAGGACUACGUAACGUGCGUAAUGGACGAAAACUCUAUUGCGGACAACAACGGCAGGCAGCCGGCCGGCAAGACGUCUCCGGGCGUUGUGGACGACGCUGACAGGCCGUCGGCCGUCGUCGCAACGUUGGCCGCCGGCAACCACUGUGGCGACAACGGUGGCAACGACGAGAACCCCGUAGCCGGAGUGAUCGUCAAGCAAGAACCCAACGGCGGCGGAACGAACGCCGCCACAGAUUCAGGCGACGGUUACGAACAGGAUCAACCGGCCGGCCGAGCGCUGUCCGACGAUAACAACGACGAAGACGACGGGUCCGCGACCACCGCGAAAUAUUGCAAGGUUUGCGACAUAUCUUUCAACUACCUGUCCACGUUCAUUGCGCACAAGAAGUACUAUUGCAGGAACAGCGCCGAGUACAAGUGUAAAACCGAGAACAACGCCAAGACGGCCACAGUCACUUAAUAUAUAUUGUAUGUUUUAUAUUUUAAUAUAUAUAUUUUAUUUUUUGGUUCUCUUUCUCACGAUAAUGACUAUUAUUAUACAUACUUUUCCAAAACAACAUAAAUCUUAGAUGUAUAUUAUUAUGUGUAUAUAUAACCUAUUAUUAUUUAUUUAUUUAUGUAAUCCCUUGCAUAUAUUAUAUUAUAGAUAUGGCCAGACGAAUAAUAUAUUUAUUUCGUAACUCGUUGUUUUUAUUGUUUGUUUUUGUUUCAUUAUUUAUUAAUUAUUAUUAUUACUAAAUAUUAUAAUUUAUAUUGGAUAUUAUAUUAUAUUUCUAUAUUAUUAUUGUACCGAGUAAUCGGUUAUAUUAUAUUAUUAUUAUUUUUAUUAUUGUCAUAGUGUAUACAGUAUGAUUACAUAUAUAUAUAUAUAUUUUUUUCUGUUUUUGCUGCGUUCGCGUUAAAACUCGAUACUUUCACACACGCUGUAUGUAUAUAGAUUUAUUUAGUAGUUUUUAAAUGAAAAAAAAACCUACCGUAACCUAUUUAAUAUUCUUCCUUGUACACAACGACAAUUACAAUACUUACGUUUAUUUAUAUAUGUAUGAAUAUAUAUUUAUGUGCUAUAUUGGAAACGAAAAACCGUUUUUAUUAGACUGUUAUUGUAAUAAUAAUAGUAUAAAUA